AGAAAAGAGUUCGUCUAGAGAUCAACUAGAAGAUGCAAAAAACGCCUGUCUUUCAGUUUAAACUGCUGAAUGACGCUAACCUCAAACUCAAAGUGAAUUUUGACUGUUACACAGCCAGACCUCAUUUUGUUAUUGCGUCAGAAAAUCCGUCUAAAAAGACGUACGAAGCUUUAAGCGAUGAUGAAAAGAAAAAGGUAAUCGGCUUAGCUCUGCAGAUGGUCACUAUAUACGAACUUAGUGAGUCACGGGCUAUUUUGUCCCAGCACUCUGGAUCCUGGUACAAUCCGAAUCAUAACUAUCAUGCUCAUCUUUGUGUUGCGAAUGAGAGAUACCUCGAAAUUUUAGGAGACAACUCAAACGAAUUCGAAGCUUGGCCCGAGAAACUGUCUUAUGAAAAAAUUAGGGAAUAUCCUAAUCGGAAGGAUAAAAAGGCGAAAGAAGUUCAAGCAAUCAAUGAAAUCAUCCAAAUUGAAGGGCUCCCCGAACCUACCGAGGAAGCCCACAAAGUUACCAAGGGGAUCUAUGACGUUCUUUUUCACCCAUCAGAACCAAGAGUUGGAUUUGCAGUCGAAAAUUCAAAGAAACCAGCUAAUGAUGAUUGCAGUGCUUUGCUUGAUGUUCAAAAAUUCAUGAUGAACUAUGCAGCUGAAAUUAAUGGUCUUGGUGUAAAUGGUGACUAUCAGGGAUGUCACGUAUGUUUGGUCCUUGACGGCCAAAAACAUGGUAAGUCAACACUUGUCUCUGAGCUAAACAACUUAAGGAGAAAUUAGUUACAUGCUCAUUUCGGAGUACCUAAGGUUUACUUUUCAUCAAAAUAAAAAUAAGCCCUGGCCAGAGAUUCUUUUCGUUUCGUUUCUACUUUAACGUCCGCAUCUACCGCUAGAACAUAAACUUACAACGGGUCAGUGAUACAGUUCAUAAGGAUACCCGUGCUGAUUCAAGUCAAUAAUAAUUUCCUUUCAUUUUGAAUAAGAGCUCAUCCUUUGCAGUUUAUGAUCAAAUUACGAAGCAGUCGAAAAAAAUAGUUGAAUAGUAUUUCGUUGUUGUAGCAUAAUUAGAGAACUUAAAUAGAGAUGCUAGUAGACUUUCACAUUGCCUGAGUAUUUGUUGGCGAGAGAAAACUGUUAUGAAAAUGCAUACCUCGCUAUAGUUUCAUUAAACAAAAUAUGAAACACAUCUAAAUUGAAUAACCUUCAUCACUAUGGUACUAUGAAUUAUAUAUGUAAAAGGAAGAGAGCACAAGUCCCAGUUCUCUAGGUCCACCCAGGUGGGAAGGAGUAGUCGCCAUUAAACUGACAAAUGCACUCGAUCGGUUUCAAUUACUACUAUUACAUUUCAAAUGUAUGUUUCCCAUCUGUAGCUUUUCAAUGGCAUUUAUUCGACUUUCAGACUUCAAAGUAGCUGAUUCCAUGUGCCUUGUUGGCUUCAUUGAAGUAAGUGGAGCGAAGUUCUACGAACAUUUCUGUCCAGAUGGAGAGAAGAAACCCUGGUUUGAAAGUUUUAUUGACAAGAGUUGUGGCUAUUCACCGUGGUGAGCAUGGUGCUCAUUGUAAAACUUGACCAUUGCUUCUGAACAGAUUUCUUUUUAUGAUAAGAUUAGUUUUGUCUAAUAUUUUUACUUAUUCAAUCUAAUAGCCAUUCAAGUAUUCGCUGAUAUGUGAUGGCAGAUUCACUUUGAUCUGUUGGCAAAAAGCAACACGCGGGUUCUUAUAUCAACAAAUGGAUGAAAACAAGUCAAAUAAUUUAGUUCUUAGUGUUAAGCAAAGAUUGAGGACUUUUAAUUGCCUUAAUAUAAUCAACAAACUUUUUGGAUAUUGAUCCAAAGUAUCGUGAUCUUGUGUUAAGUUCUUUCAUAUGGAUAUACAUUUUGGAAAGUUGUAGUACUUUGGAAAAUAUUUAAUCGCAGUUCACUUGAACAGAUGAUCUAUGACGGAUGACUUUCGCAAAGAGAAAUGAUGUAUAAGAGUCAGAGGUCAUUUUGAAAUACUCCUGAGAUACCUCGGCAGAGUGUAACUGAGUUUUAAAAAGCAACAAGUAGUAAAUGGAAUAAACAUCACUUUGAAAUU